GAAGAUUCCCUUGAUUUAAACCUUCACGUGACCAUUCGUACUCGGCAGCGUCCAUUCAUUUUCUUCAUAACCCUAUUUGUCUUCUCUAUCUUCGUAACCUAAUUAAUCUUCUACCUUCUUCGUUCACGUUCAAACCAAUUAGCGCGAAAAUGCGUAUUUGGGAUUGCAAAUGUCAUACAACAAUUUAUCCUCAAUCAGUACUUCGAAUGGAAGACAAAUACCUAGAUAUGGUUGCAAUCAGGUCAUGAAGAUGUGGGUUGAAAAUACAAUGAAAAAUUCCAAGAGGAAAUUUCGGAGAUGCAGGAAUCGGAAAAAGAUAGAGAUUAGCUGCAAUUUAUUUAUUUGGGAUUAUGAGCUUGAUGAAAUCGAGUGGAAAUGUGGAAUUAAGACAAUUGACAAUAGCUUAGUAGUAGAUUGCAACAAAGGGGAAGACAUGAUUGGUUACAUGAAAGAUUUUGGCAAGGAAUUCAGAAAGGAGUUUGGGAAGGAGUAUGCCUAGGAUUCUUUCUCAAAUAAACUUGAAAAAACUAAGAAGAAUCUGCAACUUGAAAGGAACAAAAGUUAUUGGUU